UGGUCAUCUCCUGUACUAUGUCCGCAGCCUCUGGUCAUCUCCUGUACUAUGUCCGCAGCCUCUGGUCAUCCCCUGUACUGUGUCCGCAGCGUCUGGUCAUCCCCUGUACUGUGUCCGCAGUGUCUGGUCAUCCCCUGUACUGUGUCCGCAGUGUCUGGUCAUCCCUGUACUGUGUCCGCAGUGUCUGGUCAUCCCCUGUACUGUGUCCGCAGUGUCUGGUCAUCCCCUGUACUGUGUCCGCAGUGUCUGGUCAUCCACUGUACUAUGUCCGCAGUGUCUGGUCAUCCCCUGUACUAUGUCCGCAGUCUCUGGUCAUCUCCUGUACUUACUGUCUGCAGUCUCUGGUCAUCUGCUGUACUGUGUCCACAGUCUCUGGUCCAUCUCCUGUACUAUGUCCGCAGUCUCUGGUCAUCUCCUGUAGUCUGUCCGCAGUCUCUGGUCAUCUCCUGUAGUAUGUCCGCAGUCUCUGGUCAUCUCCUGUACUAUGUCCGCAGUCUCUGGUCAUCUCCUGUACUAUGUCCGCAG